CGCCAAAUGCGAAUAACUUUGAAAGACAGUUUUAUAAAUCUACAAAUUGGUAAACAAAAGAAAAACAAAAACUCUCAGGGAAAUAAUAAUAUAACCCCUUGCUUUGUGAACGUUUAGCCAAUCAACGUAGAGCGGAAAGUUGUGUAAAAGAAAUGAAAUAAAAUAAAUACUUGUAAUCAAUUUAAUUAUUUUUCGGAGCGAUAAGCUUAUGCGCAUUUAAGUCCACAAAGCAGUUGAGCUGAAUCAUAGCACUUGCUCAUUAUAUGGUCAGUUUGGGACAAAAUUUCAACGGGAAUAGGAGUGCUCAAUACAUGAUGGGUGAUAAUCGUUCAUCUAUUACGCCAAGCAACGAUGCAGCAGGUGUGAGUGCUGGCAGUUUCGGCAGUGACACUGAAGAGUUGCUGGAUCCAGUAUUGAGUUCAAAUACGGAUGGAACAUUUAAAUCUCUCAAAACAAUACCGGCUUUUAGUAUUCAUUUGCUGAUUUCAACUGUAAUCUCUUUCAUUGGCAUUGUGCUUGCUUUUGCAUGGCCAGAGGACAAACGCUGUGAAGCGUAUUUUAUUAUGUUAUACUUACGUGCAACUUUUUGGGUGAUAACCUUUCUGUUCGAUCAUUUGAUUAAAAAACAUCACGAUGACUUACGCAUGAAUGGCUACCAUGAAUUCCAUCGUGCUACAGCCGUGCAAAAGAGUAUACCACUGAAUGUGGUAUCGCUUUGGAACUCAAUGCUAUUGGCUGUACAAGCGGGUAUUCAUCACUAUUAUGGUGUCAAUUUCUGGCAACAUUGUGCGGAAGGUUUUCUGUCGCCGGUCACUUAUAUUGCUGCUUUCAACACAUUAGAGACACUGGUAUUGAGCGCAACACACGGUUGUUAUAUAACGAAAGUAAGGAAAUUUAAUAAAUCUGCACCACCACCUGAUGCGCUGCGAGGCGGUAACAAUGCAUCCGGUUCGUUAGGUCUAAUGCAGCCUGGUGGUAAUACUUCGGAGUUGUUGGAGAAGCAGGCCGAUUUGAUUGCCUAUCUAAAGGACCAUAAUCAGAAACUAAAUCAAAAGUUACACCAAAUGCAAUUGAAUGCGCGCACAGUGAAUCUUACAGCCUGAAACUAAAAAAGUGAAGUUGUAACAUAUGUUUACUUAUUUAAAUACGAAACGAAAGAAAAGCAAAAAAGGGAGCAUUAUAAUCGAAACCUCCAAAUUAUUAUGAUCUGUAUUAACACAUGUUACUUUACUACCUAUAUAUGUACUAACUACUAUGCCCGUUUAAUUGGUUACUAGUAUUUUAAUGUUAAAUAUUUUCAUAGAGAGAACAAUUCAAUUAUCUGAAAUUUGAUAUUUUCCAAAUUGUAUGCGAAAUUUCUACAUAUAUGCAACUUGUUUUAAUAUUUCUUACUAAUUUAAUUUAGUAUAUAUGAGACAUUGUAUAUAAAUUUGGUAAAUUUGGACUGAUGUUUUAAUCUGUUUAAAUAAAACUAAAACGAAAAGGUUUUUAUACAUGAAACACAAA